CUAGGGCAUUGCCAACAGAGUCAGUCCCGCCGUGGAAGCAGUCGAGCACGGACUUGAAGGGAUUAGCAACUCUAUAGGAUGCGAACUACAGUGCUUCUUUUGCUGGGCCUACUGGCCAUCGGUUUCUUGGAGCAGGGAGCUGGCCAUGUCGUGCCCCUAGUUCUGCCGGCAGCUGGCACCUAUCUUCUGUCUCCCCCGGGACAAGUACUCCUCCUCGUGCAGCCCCCACCCCCGGAAGAUGAUGGGUCCUACAAGCCGCCCUCGAGCGCUGAAGAUGGCCUUUGGAAGCCGCAGCCUGGCCUGGAGGGCGAGUACUCCGAGCCGGAACUGAGCCAGAGUGGUAGUGGAAGCGUCAGCGGCGUUGAAGCCGCCGAAGGGGCUUCCCUGAGCACCGAUAGUUCUGGAUCGGCCGUUGCCCAAGAUGCCACGGCGUCUACCGCCGAAGCUGGCGGAGCUGGAGGAGCCGGACAGGCGGGUCAAGGGGGUGCCAUUCUCGGAGGAGCUGGAGGUGGUGGUGGAGGUGGUGGCGGUGGCAGCGCCGGCGGUGGUGGUGGCGGCGGAGGGGGCGGUGGUGGCGGAACAGCCACAUCCGGCCAGAGUGGCGACAACGGCCAGCCGGGAGCACCGAGUCCGGCGGGAGCCCAGCCCGAUGGAGAGGAUGGCGCUGAUGGCGCCGAUGGGCCCGACGGCCCCGAUGGCUCGAAGGGUGGAAAGGGCGGGAAGGGUGGAAAAGGAGCGCGCAAUGGAGCCGGCGGAGGAGGAGGAGCCGGAGGAGCUGCGCCCCAGCCAGCGCCGGCAGUGAUUCCAGUCCAGGCCGUGUUGGUACCCGCUCCCGUCUGGGCCGAUCCAGAGGUGAACCUAGUUCACGCUGCGUAGAUGCAGGUCGACCUUGUGCCAUUUGUGUUAACCCCUUCCGGAAGCCGAUUGAGUUCCCCUUAGUCUUAACGCUAGUCAAUGUUUUCGGAGCUCACACUUACCCUAAGCUAAGGCAAGCGAAUAUUAAAGUUCGAUUACAAAGCA